AUGCAGGCCUACCCUUCCGAGCGCGGCUACUACGCCCAGCCACCCGCAGGCUUCGCCCAGCACCAAUACUACCAGCAGGCAUACCAGGGCUACGCCUACCCCCAGGCCAACGGCGGCCCCGCCCCCUCGCCCAGCCGUUCCCGAGGCCGCCCCCGCCCCCUCGACCGCGACCUCUCGCGCUCCUCCACCCCCGGCCGGAUGAUCGCGACCGGCCGCCCGCUCAAGUCCGCGCUCAAGCGCACGCGCACGCCCGAGUACCCGCCCUCGAUGAGCGACGCCGCCCCGUCCCUCACCCAGCAGAUCUCCCGCGGACGGAGCCAGGACGCGGUCCACCGCCAGCGGACGCGCUCCGGCGGCUCGCGCAUGCGCGCCCCCGCCUGGCAGCCUCUGCACGUCUUCCUCAGCCUCCGGUCCUCGGACCAGCUCGAGAUCGAGAACAUGACGGACGAAGACGAGUUCGGGGAGCUCAACCAGGAGGCCCUCAUCACUUGGCCCCACGGCAUCCAUUCCAUUGAUCGCAGCAAAAGCAAGACGAAGCGGUCCGUCCAGUUUGUGGCAAGCCCAUGGAACGCGUCGAGCGAUCUCGACCUCGCGAUGGUCGGACGAACUAUUGUCACCAUGUACAGUGUUCUCGCUCGCAUGGGCUACCAUUAUCAGGCAACAAUCGACGCCGGAAACCCACGGAUGGGUUCGGAGCUACGCGCUUACUUUCCGCGGCGGGUGAGCGUCGACCGUAUGACCGACGUUGGAUCGCACAUAUUUGAGGUGAAGCGGGGCAGCUAUGGUGUCACGGUAGAGAAGAACAUGCUGAAGGCGUUCGUGCUUCGAUUCCUCCACCUAAACGGCUUCCGCAUGUGCGGCAGCGUGCCCAUGGGCACCCGCUCUCUGCUCGACAUUCGCUCCCGCAGAGAGAUGUGGGUGUUCCGGAACAAUUCGUGGCGCGCCGUUCCCAGCCAGAAGGAGAUGAUGAUGAUGAACGGGGCCAGACAAGCCGACGGGCAUUUGCCCAUCGCCGGGCGAUGGGACGCGACGUUUUCUUUCCAGUACAUGAUAUACGAGAUUUACGAUCGCGACGUACAUUACGACGAUGUUCUUUCAUAG